AUGAAGCAAGUUUGGCGUUCGUUUGUUUUCAGUUGCUUUUCGUUAUCAAGAUGGCAGUUCAUCCAACUUGCAAUCUUUAUCAGCUUCGUUUCAGUUCAAUACUCCUAUCAUGUACAGCUAACCACUCGUCUUAACGACGCACUUGCUAGAUUGGACAAGUUAGAGAACUGGAUUAACAGUAGAAGUAAAGAACAGAAACAGAUGAAGCCUGCACACAUGAAGGCAAUUUAUGGUCAUUCCCGUAAAAGGAGGAAUUUGAAUGAGGGACAGAUUAACAAGUUAUGGGAACGAAUUGAAGGCUUGGAAAAUCGGUGAGUAGAGAAUACCAUUAAAAAAAUUAGCGAAAGUUUAGGAUUAGAAAUAUUAUAAGGAACCUUGAAGCGUAAUAGUUUUUAAAUUCAAUCCCCAAGUCGCCUGGUGCCUGAAAUAAUAGAAGUAACUAUAUAAAGCAAACACUUAUGAAAGUAAUUCUUGUAAUUGAAUGUUCUAGUAUUGGGUGCGUGAUUAUCAUGGAUUGUGUGAAUAGAAUAAUAAGGCUUAGUUGAUUUACACAGUCACUGAACAAAUUCACGCAAUGUUGUCUCUUCUUUUCCCUUAAGCAGUAUAAAACACAUUUACAUGUUCGAAACCGAUAUUUUGAUUCUGUGCGGAUUGUAUACUGACCUCACUCGAAAGAAUAAACAGGGUGAAACACCCAAAAGAAAAAUCUCGAAUUGCAGUUAGUAUAAAACUGAGAAUAUUCAGUUCAAAAAUAAUAAUAAGUUAACAAGAGCAACAGGAAGAUGUGCUGCCAAAGAAGUUUCAGCUAGAAUAAUGGUCCCACCAUAAGAAUGCACUCCGUGAACCAGACAGCUUCAAUAUAGUGCACGAUUGACUCAAGUUAACUGAAACAGUAGACAUGACAAGCCGCGUUCCAAAAGGGUGGGUGUUCUCAUAUACAAUUGAUGCAGUGCCAAAACUAACAACUACUUAUCACGACCUUUUUUUUCUGGGUACUUCUCUUGUCAGUGAUCAUGAGCCAAAACUGUUCUGAUGCUAUUACACGAGCAGAAUAGCCAAGGCUACAAUAGAUAGCUUCAAGAUUGACAAAGUUAGAAACCGUUGUAAAGAAAAAGUAUGUUAGUUAUUUAUUGCAGGAAAUGUACGUUUUUUGCAUUUCCCUAUAUAAAUUAUUUAAUUACACUGCUAGAUUAAAAAAAAACUAACACAGAAUUUGCCUUGAAAUUAACAUGGAAAGAUAAAAAUCCAAUGAGGAUUGAUGAUCCAAUUGAAAUGAUAUAGAUAGUUCAAGAACGCUCGUGAAUAAACUGCAGUUUAUAUUCGUGAACAAAUUAGUGUCAAUCACGGUUGGGCCAUAAGCAUUUUGGCUAAGGUGUCACUAAGGUUUAUUCCGUGGGAUGCCUGUGGCACUCCCACGGUAAAAAUCCGGUUCGGUUGUACCCAACUUUGCAAAGCCAGCCAAUAGGAUUGCCUAAAAUCUUUAUCGAUUAGCUCUUCUUCCAAGCCGACCAAUCAGAUUGUACAAAAUCUGUAUCGAUUUUUAAUCGAUUUGCUUCCUCUGAAGAACGUUGAAAUCAGAACGUUCCUUGCCAAAUUUGUCGCGCUUGAGUUUUCCCACUCGUGCUUUAGGAUGGCUUGUUAACCAGCGAAAUCCUUCGGGAUACUGACAAGCCACGAAAGGCGACCUAAACCAAAUUAUUUCUUUCCUUCAUGAUUCCUUUUUGUUUAGGUCUAGCUUUUUCAUAAGGUUUUAGGAGCGUCUGGUUGCGGGCCAUGAUUUCCGAUAGAUUUUUCUAUUCGGAGUUCGCCAGUUUUUGCCGAGCACAGCUAGAGUUCAGUUUUUUUCUUUUCUUAUCGAAAACACGUUGACGAUGGGAGGUUAAAUCGCGUAAAUUUCAACUCGUGCCCUUGACGAUUGGCGGUGAAAUCGCGAAAAUAUUGUCCUCGUCGAUCGACGACUCGCUUUCGGCAUGGAUUGGACUUCUGGGUGGGACACGGAUCGAGGAGUAGACCUUAGUAAACUUAUUAUACCUUGGAAUCAGGGAUAAUCAUUGGAACUAAGUUAACUUUGAGACCUUGGGAACACAUUGCAAUCAAUUUUUAACCGUAUCAAGAGCAUCUUGGAAUAUUAAACUUUCAUCUUGGAUUAAAACAUUGGAACUUUAUCGAACAUUAAACAAAUCGGACUCCCGCAACGCGGUCGUCCGAUUUUGUUAAUCACUCGUAUGAUUACAGACCGAAUUGGACUCCACUCAGUCCUGUUACCAUUACUUAUAUGGCCACCACCACGACGAAGGACCGAAGCGAGAAAGUCAAUGAAGGCGAUGGUUUUAUAAUUACUAACCAAAGAUUAGGGAAAACAGCUUAAUCAGAAUAAUUAAGAAUAUAUAUUGUGCAGUUUUCAUGACGAGAUGAUCAACUGUGCAUUAAAAUAACAAAAAAAUAAAAAUAACUAAAUUAUAGAUAAGAAUUACAUCAUGUAUUGUGUAUAAUAUCAAAAAACCUAACCAAGAAUAAAAAGCCUUACUAAAAGAAAGGUACGUCUUUAAAAGUUUUCCUAAAAAAAAUUACAUACAUUAGUCGUGUAUAGGUAUUAAGUAAACCUAACUAAGAAUGAAAAGCCUUACUAAAGAAAGCGCCUUUAACAUUUUUUUUAAAGCGUCAACAGAUUUGGCCAUUCUAAUUUCCAGAGUUUAGGCGCCAAAGCAACGAAAGCACGGCUGCCCAGGGUUGUUAAAAUUUUAAAAUUCGGGUGAGACAGCAGUGUUCCGUCGUCAGAUCGCAGUCUACAUCUUGAUAUAACUUUUGGUACAUUACCUUCACACGACCACAACGUGAACUUCCUAAUUCCACGUUUCAUCGAGGAACUAAACGCAAGACAACUUUUUGUCCCUUUAUGUUAUUUUGUCUUAUUUUGGAACUUGGGUACGGUACUUUAAAAGAGGUCAACUUAAGGAAACUUUGCCAACGUUCAACUAACUGAACUAGGUGGAAAAUUAGCGAUUUUUCAAGACCACGUGAUGCAUAUCAUUUCAAGUGACGUUUUCAAUGACUUCGUCUUUGUGGUUGCUUAAUUAAUUGUACGUUCAUGAGCUUAUCCACUAGGUAAAUAUCUGUUCACACUGCUAUCAAAAUAGCCCUCUUGGUAGAGAUUUAUAUCAUAGACGUCGAGAAUCGGUGUAACCACACAUGAUUAUUAGCAACAUCUGCUUGCAAACAUCGUUGUAGUCAUAAGAAAAUUCAUCUACAGAAACAAGUAAAAUAAGUUACCAUCUCCAGAAUGUUGGAGUAAGCACAUUCAUACUGCUUUUGCCUUGAUAAAAGAUAUAUAUAAAAGGGUCAAAGAGAAUAGAAAUAAUAUGAAAGUCUUUCGGGAAGAAUCCAGUUGAGGUGGUAGUUUUGAAAUUGUUGCUUAAAUCCUGGAGAAAAUCAAAACUAUACAGUAUAAUUAUCCACUGCUGUUUUCACAUUGGUUUUGUAGUAUCACAGCCUCAAACAAUUUCACUGUUACUGGCCAGGGAGCAUUCUGUGCCCAAGGAUCACCAGGAAUAAAUGGUAUGCCGGGUAAAAAUGGAAUACCGGGUCGUGAUGGGAAGGUUGGAAUGCCAGGAAGAGACGGUGAGCAUAGAGUCAUUAUUUCUGUUGUUUUUAAUUAAAACUGAACUGAAAGAACUGGGUUCACUUCCAAGAGCAUUGCAGACACGAGAUAAAAUUAUAAUAAUCUCGGUUAGCUUUGUUCUAUUGCUGCAAUAGGCAACGUAUAGAUACAUUUUAUUGGUUUGAGUUUAGUUAAAUUGCUAGACCAACUUAUUUCAUACUACUGGUAAAUUGCUUAGUAUAGAAGAGCUGGUUGAAUUCAGCUCAAAGCAGUAAGGGAAACUCAGGAUUGAUAAAUCCUGGAAUGCUGAAUUUUUUUUCCAGAUCUUUUCAGUGAAAGGUUAGAAGAAGUAAUUAAAGUUCUCCGUAACACCAUUUAAGAACAAUCUUCUUGAUCAUACCCUAACACUGAAGUACCUUCUGCUUGCCCAUAACAUAGUAUCCGUGUUUAUUAGUGUAGGUAGAGAUGGUACCGAUGGACGGCAUGGAAUACCGGGGAGAAACGGAAUCCCAGGGAGGCAGGGACUACCGGGUAAUUACAAUUACAUUUUGGUUCUUGGCUUAAUAUCUUUUGAGCCCCGUGUAAGGGAAUCCGGAAAAUUUUUGUUCGUAGAAUCCGGAAUCUGAGUAAUUUUUUGCUUGUGGAAUCCGGAAUCCAGGGCUUUGGAAUCUGGAAAACGUACAGCUCAAGGAAUCCAGAAUCCCACGAACAAUUGAAAUCCAGAAUCUAAGUUCCACUGAAAAAGAAUCCGGAUUCCAGUUCGUGGAAUCUGGAAUCCACGGCUUGGAAUUCACAAUCCAAGACUGCCUUAAAUGAGGUGAAUUUCUUGUAAGGCGAUAAGGCCUGUAUGAAUCGUACUGGUUUGCCACUUGUUCCAUGGGAUUUCUGAUUCAGUAGUAUGUUUAAUGUGCAUUGAUUAUCCGUCUAUGAAUAGUUACUAACCGUAGUUUGACUGCAAAAUAGCAGAAGCACGUUCAUAAUACUGCGGAGAACACCGAAUGGCAACAAGAACUACUGUAUUGAAAUCCACUAAGAAAGCAGAAACAUCUACUCAUUUUUAGAAGUAAAAAUUUUUACGGCCUUACAGUGCAAGCCAUCCCCUAAUACCGGUGAAAACACUCCCUGAUUUGGCCUAAACGAGUACGUCCACUGAACAGGAUAAGGUUGUUUGAAGGUCUUGAGUCUUGAACAGGGUACACAAUUUCACUAUUUAGCCUCUUGAACGAGGUUGACGAUGAUCGGAUUCCACCUUUAGUACCGAUUUUUUUUUUCCGAAAAAAAUCUCAUUACUCAAUUCUAUAUGCGAAACGAAAUGAACCAAGGUCAUUAAAUGAGGUCUCUUGUCUUAAACGGAGUAGCAAAAUGAACAGUGGGGGGCUUGAAAACAUUACAGUCAAGAAGACUUUAGCAGGGACUGAUCAAACAACGUGAAAUAGAGUUUAGUUGCGAUAUUUCGACUGGCCAAUCAUGAUACCAGUCUUCAUCAGGUUUAUUGAGAUAUCACGAAUUCACAGAAUAUAUAUGAACUUAAUUAAAUAUGACGUGGUAUGGUGUGGAUAUGGGGAGCUUACUAGUAAGGAAAGACGUUUGACGCACGUCAACCGGAAGUGAGGCCUUCUCACUAUACAUAUGCCUUGACGCUAAGAAAUUUGUAUUGCAAAGUUUCUUUUCUCUUAUAAAAACGAUUAACCCGAGACUUUCAACCAAACCACUGCCCAAUGAUGCAAAAAGUCCACUUCCGGUUGACGUCCUUCGCUCAAAAACGCCUUUGCUUAAGCUCCCUAAUAUCUAUAUGUCUUUAACAUGGUCUGGGUUUAAAGGCCUGGCCAGCUCAUCUCUGCACAAACUUCCCUUGAGUGUUUCGGGGGAAAACUUAUUUUGUUUGUGCAACAAAAAAUAACUCUUGCUUUCAACGAUCGCAGUUUCAGUGCAGUUCUUCAAGAUUAGACUGUGAAAUAACCGGGUUUCAAUUUACAGAAGGUACUGUAGCAGGCUUUGUUUCGUUUAAGGUAGAGAUGGUGCUACAGGCCCUAAAGGUGAGAGAGGUCAUAAAGGUCACAAAGGUGAACAAGGCCCACAGGGACCGCCUGGUGAUCCGGUAAUCUGCCAAAAGAAACCCGUUACAGAGGAGUCUAAGCAAGCGACUUCUGGAAGCACUGUGUUCAUUCGCUGGGGCCGUAGCGAGGCCCUGCUGACAGAGGGACCGUUCUGGUUUACGAAGGCACGUUAGUUCAUAUAUACUUUGAUUAUUGCUCUAAUUCUCAAAAUCACACAAGCUUAAAGGGGCUAUGUAACGAGGAUAUUAAGGUUUUAGCUCAAUUCUGUGCUGAAGACAUUGCUUUAGUUCUUUAUGUGUUUAAUCCGUACACAAAAUCCUCCGUUAGAGAUAUGAGGUAGAUACCAAACAAAUUCCACCAGGAACGGACUAACCAUAACAUUUUGGGCGUGAUCUUUCCACGUUCAGCAUUUAAAAGUGAAAAACAAAUUGGCCCACUAUUUCAAGUUUCAAUCUACUGAACCUAUAUUCAUCCUUGCAUCCGUUGCAGUAGACGAUGGAAAACAGAUUCAAUGCUUAAAUGAAGUCUUGAAUAACAAAACUGUAAAACUGGAUAAUGAUUCAGUUGAUGCGAAGACAGAUUUUAGCUUUUUGAAAAGACAUUAGAUAACGUGACAUACUGACAUGCUAUAAAGAGAGGUUAACUUUUUUACUUUGUAGUGCAGAAUUUACUUCUCAAAAACAUUAAUACCCCCAUUUUUUGAGAUACGAAGGGUUUGUCAAUCAGGAGUUCUAGUGAUUAGACGCCGUACGAGAUACCAAUUUAUUAGGGGUUCAUUUCUUCAAAUAGAUUGAAGUUAGUCUUAUGGCAAGUUUGUUAAGGGUGUGAAAUAUCGUGUUCGAGGCGGCAUGUGCUAGGCCCUAAUAUAAGCUGAUUAAUUUUAGUGUGCGUUCCAUUAGGAUGAUCUGACAUCAAGUGUUUGAAGAUCACUCGCUUUAUAGCACAUCAAAGAAACUGACGAAUCCAGCCUGGGAAAGGAUUCAUCGGCUCUUUUGAUGUACCAUGUUCAGAGCGGUCUCGGGCCUGUAUGACUGUAUGAUCCCGAAUAAACCCACCCUAAUAAGAGUUUAGAAAUGAACACACAGACCAGAGAGUAGAACGACAUGCAGACAGAGACAGACGGACGGACGGGCGAAAGGACAGAUAGACGGACGGACGGACAGGCGGACGGGCGAAAGGACAGAUAGACAGACGGACGGUCAGACAGACAAAUAGCCGACAGAUGGAAGGACGAACGGACGGGUGAAAAGAUAGAGAGACAGACGGACAGACUGACAGAGAGACAGACUUACUAAGCAUUUGGCGAUAAACUAAAUAUCCCUGUCUAUUUUUUAUUAAGCUAGGUCGAGUAGCUGGAUGGCAACCAAGGAGUAAAGGAGGAGGAGUCAACUACCUGUGCAUGCCUCUGAGUCCUGAGUAUACCAAGCCCGCCACCCCUGGAUUCCAACCGAAAGCAUCCCUCUUCGGUGUACAGUAUGGUCAAGUGGACGAUCUUUUCCCACCAAUCCCAGGUCAUAAACCAAACAUAAGCUACCUUGGAGUACCCUGCGCUGUAUGCCGAGCGGAGAGAAGAGGAUCCCUUAUGAUGAUCCCGGCCCGUAAUGUUUGCCCUACUAGUAGGUGGACCCGCGAGUAUAUCGGCUACCUUAUGACAGACAUGUCAAACAGUACCGCCCCAGAUUACAUCUGCGUCGACGCGGACGCGACUGGAGUUAAAUUAAAGCACAACGAAAGACAUUCUGCAAAUUCUUUUCUAACUUCAGUUCUUGGAAAGUGCGGUGUGCUCCCCUGCUCAAGCUACGAACCGAACAGGGACUUGACUUGCACGGUAUGCACCCUGUAG